AGUAAUAAAUAUAAUUUAAAGAUUGUUGUGAAAGAACAAAUAUCUUCUCCUGUAGCAAUGGAAUCAAUCACAUUGGCUGGAAUUCUCACUAAAAUCGCAUUUCGCAUGGAAUGGGAAGAGUGGGAUUUAACAGCUGAGGAAUAUGAUAUUCUCGAUUCUGCAUCUGGACAAGAAAUUGCAUACACAGCAUAUGAAAAAGGUUUACCUAUUGUCACAAUGCUUCGUAAUGCUGAUGAGUUAGUUGACAUUCACAAUGAGCGUGAGCAAAAAAAUAUUUUAAGAAUUUUAAACGAAUUGAAGCUUGAUUUGAUGUCUGAUUUUCCUCGUGAAAAGAAAACUAUUGAAACUAGUUUGACUACAGAGGAUAUUGAACGUCGUUUGAUAGAAGAGACUAUAAAUGAGAUUGUAGGAAUAUCACCGCCUGCGAUGAAGGAACAAUCUGACAAGAUUCAAAUUGAGAUUCAAGCAAAACAUAAAAUGAAAGAUAAAAAUGUAGAAAACAUUACAUUCGCUAGUAAAUUAGAAUCAACAGGAAGUCGAUUGGAGCCUUCGUUAAUUCGUGAAAUUGAACAAGGAGCUUCCAACAUCACUCUCAAUGAACUUGUCCCUACUCCAAUUCAAUUUAUCGAACUUUCAGAAGGUUUUCCAGAAGCUUCGGCAGAAGAAGUCGCUGAAGCUGGUCACUUUUCUACACCUUACGGUCAAAGACUUUACAAAUCAAUGCGAAACUUAGAAGAAGAAUUGAAACGUAAAAAGAAGCACGAAGAUUCUUCAAAAUUAAUGGAUCAUUCACUUCCAAUCUUGCCUUCAUUUGCUGACAAAUUGGAAACUGCUCCUCCACAAAUUCCUUCUAUAAAUAUAACUGAUGUCUCUCUACCAUUGCCACAGCCAAUUGAAAUGGAUUCAAGCUUACAAGUACCUCAACAACAUGAAAAGGAGACAUCAACAUCUCAAGCAAUUGUUAAAGAUAAAACUCCUGUUUUAGAUGCUCCAGAAGAAUAUCAACCCAUCCCAGUGCCUUUGACAGAAGAAGAACAACCAGCAGUUGAAAUGGAAGUAGCAGCAGUUGGAAUUCCAGAACCCUUAGAUACACCCCAAAGUUUUUUUCAAAACAAAGAAACAAAUAUUGCAGCUCCUGCAACGACAGAAGAUGCUCGACGAUCAACUGAAAGUUUUGAUGAAUCACGUCGAGAAUUGUUUGAAAAAAUUGUUUUGCAGUCACCGUCAAGAGUUCAACAAAAAGUGGUGAAGAAUCAAAGACGAGUUGUGAGAUCACCAGAGAAGAAAGAUGAAGAAAUUCUUGAGUUUAACAAAUAUUUAAUCUUCCAUAAACAUAAACCAAAGCCAAAAGGACCUCCAAAUCUUCCUCCAAUUUGCAUUCCUCUCCAUCUUAACUUUGAUCCUUUCAAAGACAUUGAAAAUUAUCAGUCAGACUACGGUGAAUCUGAUGUUGAAGAAGAAGAUCAGUAUGAUUUUAUUGACAUGGAACCUGAUAACUUAGACGCAGUCACUGCACCUCAGCACGUUACCGAAGCACCAACAAAACAAAUACUGAGAGAUUCAACUGCACAUCGAAAGGAAUCGAAUAUUAUUGAAACUUUUAUCACUCCAAAGGCCGUGCCUAAAGCCAUUGAACAAUCAACAAGUGGAAUUUUAAUUAAACGACGAAGAUUGACAGAAGAAAAAGAAAAUCGAAUAGAUUCAUCUGAAGAACUUUUGCAACGCACUGGAUCAACUCCUGGUGAACGUUUUCAGCCUAGAAUAACUUCCACAGUACAAGCAAAAGAACGACCAAGUUUACUUAGAGUUCCACUUGAAACAAUGGAAUACAAUCGAUUGCAGUUGAUUUCUGAUCGUUCAAUGCAACAAAAUGUUUCUGGAGAGCCUUUGGAAAAAGAAAAGACAACUGAACAACCUUCAAUUGAACUAAUGCCAGUUCCAGACAUUAAUGUCGAAGAUGUUCCAUCAGAAUUGCCACCUGUUGAACUGACAGCUCCAAAAAUACCAACAAAUGGACCAAUUUACUUCAGAAAAGUUGAAGUUGAUGGUGAUGAUUACAUUAGAUUCGCUGUUAAUGGAGUUGUUCAACAACAUGAUCAAUUUUUUCUCGAUACUGUUGGACUUUACAUGCAAAUUCGUUUCAUCAUGAAGGAACGCGAAUGUUGGAAACUAAAGUUCAAUGACCUUCUUCCUUUAGUUAGCUUAGUCAACGAAACUACUGAACAUAUCAUAAAAAUGCGACUUUGGUUUCUCGAGGAUGAAAAAUAUGUGAAGCUUACAUGGUCUGAGGAUGAGAAAGACAUCAUUGAAGUUGAAAUUCCAAUCGCUGAGAGCGUUUAAGAAGAAUCGAAAAAUUUACGUUGAGAUGAAGACAAAAAAUGUUUUCCUUUUUUUUAAUUUUUUACUGUAAGAAGUCUUGAAAUCUCAUCCAAGUGUAUGCAAUAUGCUGUUAAUAUAUAAAAUUCGUAAAUAAAAUCUGUCAAAAGUGGGCAGGAAAACUGUAAGAAAUGUAAAGA